AUGGCUUUCUUCAGCUUGAUUUGGGUGAUCAUUGCUGGAAACGCGUUUUUGAAUAUGUGGCGGAUGAUGCGUGAACCACUUGUGCGACAUUUGGAUGAUGCACAAGCAGCGCCAGUUGAGGAGGGAGGCCGACGUUUUCGGCACAUCGUCAUUGUGCCAUGCUACUUGGACCCCAUCAACAUCCUCUUUGAUUGUUUGGGCUCACUGCUGUCUCAGCAGCAUCCCGAGCGUUUGGUUGUUGUCGUGGCAUUUGAGAAGAAGACGCCUGAUGUGCAGUUAAAGAUUGACACAGUCAAGAAAGCCUUUGGGGGUCGCUUUAGAGAGUUGAUCAUCUCAGUGCAUACGAUUCAGUGGGAAACAGAGAUUCCUGGGGGUUGCUCCAACAAGAACUUUGCCUUGCGCACUGCCCACCAACAUGUCUCGCGCAUGGAUACGCAAUACCAAGAGACCUCGUACACCGUCACAACUUGUGAUACUGAUACUUUGUUUGGCCCUCGUUACUUUGAAGUGCUCGAGGAGGCGUACAAUCAUGAGAACCCUGCGGGAACAGGUCGCCCGGUGAAUCUCUGUGUGUGGCAGGGUCCUCUGUUUUACAACUGGAAUCUAGACCAGCGACCGUUCUUCAAUCGCAUUACUGGUAUCAUGCGGUCCUUGAUGAUGCUUGGUGGCCUGAUUUCAUUCAAUUUGAACCCAAUGUCCGUCUUCUCAUACCCACUAGAGCUGGGCUUGGAGGCGGGAUUCAUCAAUCCCCGCUACAGCGUUGAUGACAUCAUCUUCCUCGUCCGCAUGAUGUGCAGCGCACGAUGCGGCAUUCCAGUAAAGCUGUUGCCCGUAGCAGUCAUCUCAGGUCCAACAAUUGGCACCACUUGGUGGGAGGAGGUGGAUGAGUGGGCGCGCCAGAUUCGGCGAUGGAUCAUUGGUUCGUCUGAAAGUUUUCAUUAUUUCCUCACGCACUACCGCGGUCGGCCAUUCUUUGCAGGCUUUCGAUGGUUCCUCAUGUUUUUCACGUACUAUGCCAUCCUUCUGUGUUGCGCAGGAUUGUUCACGGCAGCGGCAGCAAUUCCGCUUCCUGGAUCAGUCUGGCCCCGACCCGAGCUUCGCUACGUUGGGCUGGCAAACCUUGCGCUCCAAUACUGUGUCUUUGCAGUUGCUUUCGGCAUCGAUCGUUGUGCCGUCCGCUACAUGACAGUGAAGGAGAACGUAAGCUGCUGCCGCAAUUUCAUACACUGGCUUAUUGCGCCCGUCGUGCUUCUUGCGUACAGCCUGGUCGCAUUCUAUGCGGUCGUGAAGUUUGCUUUCCGUGGCAAGAAGGAUGCAGGCCACGUCAUGGCGGCAAAAGCAGGCUUCCAGGCAAUCACGGCAGUUUUAACCCAGGGCGAGCCUGCUGCUGAAGCAGCAGAAGCUGCUUCAACAGCUGAGGAAAGCUUCCACAGCCAGUGCGAGCAAGCGGGCCGCCAAAACCCGCUCGACCGGCGAUGUGCUGGCUUGUCUACAAGCACAGCCCCGCCGGUGGACCGUGCCACGAGAACCUUCAAUGGUACCAGCAAUUGUGGAGCAUUAUCCUUUGAGCUGAACCCGAGACCCAUGACUUUCCCGGUCAAUCCUAGCUUGAGCCUGAAGCCAGGUACCAUGUGCCCAGGUGAUGACAAAAUCCCCUCAACCAACUUUGAGAACGAUGAAGACAAAGAAGUUUUGUGCCGACUUCCCGACAGUUUCUACUUCGGCAGCACGGCGUUCCCAACAGGACACGGCAAUGCAACUCUUGACCAUGCCUUGUCCAAUCGAACGUUCUUGUAUGGGCUGUGA